AAGUUUCCAUGCAGCACUCGGUUGGACUCUUAGCAUUCAAAAGCUUAAAUCUGUGGGAAGACAUUUCCACACCAAGAAUUGGUCAGAGACGCGCAAACGAGUGGCACGAAAUUUCCCAGCAAAGAGUAGUUAGAAGCAUUAAGGGUGCUAUUCACUUCAUUCACGCAAAUAAUCAAAAGCUCAUUUGGACUCUUCAUAUUUCCUCGCUGUGUUCAUUUCUCAGCAUUUCCGUUUUCUUGAACGUUCAUCUACAAUCCUUAACAAGAAAAUAUGAGCACCGAAGAUGACUUCUUCAAUAACAGUGUCAAAGAUAUCAAUUCCGUAUUCAAAACGGCUGUUGUUGCUUCUGUUGUUUCUUCUGUGGUGAUGAUCAUUGCUGUUACAGCCGUUGUAUAUGCCAUUAUUAACUGCUUGAAAAGUUAUGGAAAUCCUAUUGCAAAAUAUGCCCGGGUAACAAGUAGUAAUGAUACCGACAACGAUUCCAACAGCGUAGAAGUGGACUUAAGAAGUGACCAAUUUCCAGUAGCUUUUGGUUCCCAGGCUGAGUUUCCGACAAUCAAAGAGUUCCUUAGCAACAUGGCAAGAGAGAAGCCUAUAACUUACUCAGCAAAGCAAAUUGCAGAAUUCACACAUGACUAUAGCCACUCCAACAUUUUAGGUUCAGGUGCUUUUGGAAUAGUAUAUAAAGGGCUUCUUGAAAAUGGAGUACAAGUGGCUGUCAAGGUUCUUACCAACAACCAUAGAGAUAAAAUAGUUGAAGAGCAGUUUAUGGCAGAAGUUGGAACCUUGGGAAGAACUUACCAUGUCAAUCUGGUUAGACUCUACGGCUUCUGCUUCGCCUCCGAAAUGAAAGCGCUUGUCUACGAGUACAUGGAGAAUGGUUCUCUUGACAAGUUAUUGUUCGGUGACAAUGGAGAAGUAGAUUUACAGAAGCUUCAUGAAAUUGCAGUCCAAACUGCAAAAGGUUUGGCUUAUUUGCAUGAGGAGUGUGAACAAAAAAUCAUUCACUAUGAUAUUAAACCCGAAAACGUGCUUCUUGAUGAGAACCUUAAUCCCAAGGUUGCGGAUUUUGGACUCGCCAAGCUUUGCAAUAGAGGGAAUAGUGAAAUGCUCCUAACCAAUGUCAGAGGAACAGUCGGAUAUGCAGCCCCAGAGAUGUGGAAGCCUUAUCCUGUGACUCACAAAUGUGAUGUUUACAGUUUUGGUAUUCUUCUCUUUGAGAUUGUUGGAAGAAGAAGACACUACGAUGAUAAUGUGAGCGAGUCCCGGGACUGGCUACCUAAGUGGACAUGGAACAUGUUUGAGAAAAAUAACUUAGCAGCACUAUUAUUGCGCUGUGGGAUCGAGGAGAGAGACACGGGAAAAGCUGAGAGGAUGUUACUGGUAGCUUUGUGGUGCAUUCAGCAUUCACCAGAAGCGAGACCUCUCAUGAGCAAUGUUGUGCAAAUGUUGGAGGGGCAUAGAGAAAUUACUCCACCGCCUUGCCCCUUUGAACAUUUGCAAUCUCCGCAACUAAAUUUCAGUCAAAAUAGUGGAACAGAUGACGACACUUGUACUUCUGCAUCAGGCACACUCACUGAUCCACUCCGCAUUUUAAGUGCUGCGCCUGAAAUUGAGCUCAUUGUUGUGCAAUAGGUUAAAAUCAAAAUUGUUGUAUUUUUUAUUUUUUUUGAAUAGAAGUUGAAUAUCAAUAGAUCAACAGCCAA